AUGUUGGUAAAACAUUUUGAUGUGGAAGUCCAGCGGGGCAUGAUUAUUAAUAAUUUUACGUCGCCUGAUACGGUAGAGGAAUAUCUGAGACGUAUUGACGAAUUGUCUACUGUGGGGGGUUCGAAGAGGAACAUGAAUAAUGCGCAGGGUUGUAGUAAUCGAUCUGAAAAUAAUCGAACAAAUUCCGAGCGAGAUAUAUCGAGAGAUACGCGGCCGACCGCUAGGGGAAAUAAUGAGGGACAUACCGUGCGUUCACUGGCUUGCAUGGGGGAUCCAGACAUCGAUCUUUUAAGCAACCCGGAGGAUCUGGUGCAGGAUGAUGAAAAGGUUUCGCCGACCAUAUCGAUACAUAUUUUUGGUAUGUUGGUAGAAGUAUUGAUCGACAGCGGCUCAGAUAUAUGCGCAAUCUCGGAGAAAUUCUAUUCAGAGUUAAGCAAUCUCGGGAAAUUUCCAAUUUUACCGGUCAUACGAGGAGUGAUCUCUGUAGCAAUAGGCGGUGAAACGCAGAAGAUAAAGUCGCAAAUCUUGAUUCCAGUUCAAUUAGAAGGAAUAGAUAUGGAUGUGAACUGUUUGGUUAUACCACAACUCAAUUGCAAUUUGAUAUUUGGAUCAAAUUGGUUAUCCAAGCAUCAUGCACGUUUGGAUUAUCAAUAUUCACAGCUGAAGCUAAUGAUAGAAGGGGUUUCCAUAAAUACGAAGCUGUCAUUUCGGAUUGAUCCGCAGAAAAUAUCUAUAAACCUCUGCGAGAAAAAUGAUUAUGUGUUUGAUGUAGUCGAAAAUAAAGCUAGCAGGGUUACGCCACUGGUAGAGUACAGCGUUGAUGACGGUGAUUCCCGCAGUAAAGGCUACAGCGCGAAGGAUAUUCAGGCAGCAGCAGCGAAAACUACUUUGAGUGGGAGUGCUAAGGCUUCACUUUUAAGUAUUUUGGAAAAAUAUAGGAAUACAUUCUCUGAUACACCGGGACGCGUCGUCAACUAUUUUCAUCAAAUUGAGCUAGUGGAUGAAAAUGAAUUUAAUUUUGUGGCUUAUCCUGUUCCUAUGGUUUAUCGGGAUGAAGUUAGAAGGCAGAUUGGUGAAAUGUUAGCGGCCGGUGUUAUUCAAAAGGAAAGAACCUACAUUUCGCCGUUAGUUUGCGUGAAGAAAAGGGAUGGGAAUAUUCGCGUGUGUUUGGACGCUCGGGGGCUGAACUCAAAGAUGAAGAAGGAUUUCGUGAAUCCUCCCAAUCCGUUUGAAUUAAUGGCCAAUUUUAUACAGGGGCAAAUUAUGAGCACAAUAGACUUGACGCAAGCAUAUUGGCAAAUUCCAGUGUUGCCGGAUCAUACCAAAUAUCUUGGUUUUUAUUGGCCUCGCAUGCAACGGCACGUUAGGCAGGUGGUCGCGUCAUGCGACUUGUGCCAGAAGGCCAAACCUUCGCCAAUAUCCAAGGCGGAAUUGCAUCCCAUUUUGGUAGACGAACCUGGAAAAUUGGUUUGUAUAGAUCUGAUAGGGCCGUUACCUGUAGGACGUGGGGGUGUGACGCAACUCUUCGUUCUUGUCGAUGCUUUCACUAAAUUCGUCAAGUUAUACGCCUUGCGUCGGGCUACUGCGAAAACGUUGCUCAAACGCUUAUUCGAUGACUACAUUCCGUCAGUACAGAAACCUGUGUCCAUUUUGUCCGAUAAUGGAACUCAGUUCACGAGUCAUAUUUGGAGAAAGCAGUUAGAGGCGGUGGGUAUACAACUUAAGUUUAUCUCUUGUUAUUUUCCCCAGGGUAAUCCAACGGAACGUUAUAAUCGUGAGGUUGGACGUAUGUUGAGAACCUAUUGCUACGAAGGGCAUUCCGCAUGGCCAAACAAACUAGCGGAUAUCGAAAGGUGUCUCAAUCGAGCAGUUAACCUAAGCACCGGUUUUGCACCCAUAUACUUACAGUUUGGACAGAUCGACACGAAUCCCGUACGGAAUUUUGUGGUUUUUCCUGAGCGCUUCGACGUAAACUGUACGACAUUGAAGGAGGAUACAGGUGUGGCGUAUGAAAAACUGAAGAGGGACGCUGCAAAAAGGGUAAAGAGGGCUAAAGUGAUGAAACCUGUUACUUUUGACCCGGGCGAUAAGGUUCUAGUUAAAACGCAUCCUCAUUCGUCCGCCGAAGCUAAACUAAUUUCUAAAUUCUUUUUACUGUAUGAUGGACCGUAUACUGUGUUACAACAAGCGGGACCCAACUCCUAUGUCAUUGGACAUCUUGAUGGUAAGAUUCGUUCUAAGGAAAAUGUAAUCAAUCUCAAAGCUUAUAAGCAGCCUAGCGAUGUUGUACUGGAGUAA